GUGAAAGUUUCCAGUUAUCUUUCUAAGCUGAGUUUCUGAUGUCAAACAUAUCUGAGGGAACUAAUCAUUUUAAAAUUUUGUAAUUAAUAUUGGUGUACACCAUUUCUUUAUAUAAAACAAAAAUGACAUCAAAAACUAAGAUACAAAGAACUUAUUCAUGUUCUGUCUGUGGAAAAAAGUUAUCUUCUUCAGUAGCAUUGAAAUCUCACCUCAAGACACAUUCAGGUAUCAAAUCUUUUUGCUGUGAAUAUUGUGGUGUUCUGUAUUCUACUAAACAAAAUCUAAUGGCUCACCUUUUAAGAAUACAUAAUAUCAAUGCUGAUUCAACAAGAUCAUGUGAAAUUUGUGGAAAACAAUUUUUCAGAAAAUGUGCAUUUGACACUCAUUACCUCAUUCAUCUAAAACAAAAACCAUUUAAGUGUCAUAUCUGCCAUAAAUAUUUUCGGCAAAAGAUUACAAGAGACGUACAUGUUGAUACACAUACAGGUGAUUACAAAUACUCUUGUCCAAAAUGUGGUAAGAAGUUCCUCACUGCCUCUAAAUGUAAAGAACACACGGAGAAGAAAAAAGGCCUCUGUUCGGAUUUAUUAAUUCAAUCAAGAGAUGUAGAUUUUAAUCUGGACGAUAAUUGGACGGAUGAAAUUAUAAAUUCUUUGAAGUUUGACUGUCGUGUAACUGAUAAGAUUUUAGAUUUACCUAUGUCAAACUCUUUUAACCUAAAUCAGGAAGAUGCCAUUGAAUUCUUUUGUGCAAUGCCUCAGUGCUCGGACACAUCAUUUAAGAAUAAAACUCUGUUAAAGAAGCAUAUUUCAAGAAGCCAUCUUUCAAGCGGGAGUUUACUUCAAAAUGAGGUUUCUUAUGAAUCAAAUAAUUGUGGAAUUUUCACCUCAGAAAAUACAAAAAAUCAAACUUGCGAAAAACCAUUUCCAAAUGUGAUACAAAAUGAGCAUUCAAAGAGGCCUAGUGGGGAUUCAUCUAAUUCUACUGAAUUUUCUUGUACUGAAUGUUAUAAAAAUUUUAAAACUUUACAAGGAUUAGAAUAUCAUAAAAGAGCUCAUAAAGGUUUUUAUAAUUUUAUUUGUGACAUUUGUGGAAAAUUAUUUAUUCGAAAUAGUCAUUUUGUCAGUCAUAUGAAAACACACUCUAACAUGAGACCAUAUUGCUGUUCAAUCUGCUGGAAAUCCUAUAAGAGUAAUAAAAAUUUGAAGGAACAUGUGAAAUUCAAACAUCCAAUUGGAUAAUCACAGGUUUGUUCCUUGAUGAUUUAUUAACAUAUUAUCUUAUUAACACGAUGAAUGUCAAAUAAAGCAGAAAAAAAUCAUGUGGCCAAGAUUGUUAUUAAAAAAAAAAAACCUGUACUACAACCCGUGCUUGGGUUCAGUACUAUAACACUGUUUCUUGUCAACGGUUGCGUUAGAAGGUGAUUUGACCGUGAUCAUGCUCAACCGCCUGGUUUUCUCCCAUAAUUAAUUAUUUAAUUAAGGGUACCCACUUACGUGGCUGGGUGUGUCCCAGGAGGGUAUCCGACCCACGGCCAAUGUAACAGAAUAAUUAAUUUUUCUGCCAUGAGAAGGGAUUGGAACCUGGGACCUUUGGAAGCUCCAGUGUCCUAACACUAAGCAACCCCACUCUCUGCAAUAAGAAAAAUUAUUUCUAAUUAAAAAACACUAAAGAAAAAAUCGGCAGUGAAUACAUAGCAGGAGUAUGUAACUGCAGUAGAACUUUGUAACUGAAUCAAUGGAAACAUAAGAAGCUUUAAACACCAAUUUUUUGUAUUCUAUACUGAAAGAUGAAACACAAAUGCUUUGUCAUCUAUAUCAAAAAAAAAUAUAAAGAAAACAAUAAGAUAAUCACUUAAAUUAAUCCAGGAUCAUCAAUAAUGUAAAUUUGAAUAUAUUUUUAUUUGUACAUUAAUAAAUUUGAAAAUUCAUUCUAAUUGUUUUUCUAAUGAUUCCUGAUUAUAGCAUUUUUUAAUAGGGCGUAUAAAAGAAGAUUGACCGUUUUAUCAAAUUCAAAAUUUCAAAGGACUGUAAAUAUUUUAAUCCUAUGUAAUACUUAGCAACACUUAAUAAUCCCUUUUAUUGAAUUCUGUAAGCUUGUUUAAU